AUGGAGAAAUACAGACCAGAGUUUGGAUUUUACGAUUGUGAGAGACCUUUAUCACUUACCGCUAGAAGAAUUAUGGCGGCUCUGAAGUCUCAGAAUCCAGCUGCGUGUGAAGCCGCGGAGAAAGGAACCCACACUGGAGACAAGUUUCAGGGAAGCGUGAUCCAGGAAGAUUAUCAUCCUGAUGUGAAAAGAAAAGAUAUUCAUCAUCAAAAUCAUUUUCAAGAGGAGGAAUACAGAGACUCGUUAGAUGGCACAAAUGUAAAUAUUUUGAGGGAGAACAAGAUGCGAUCCUCUUCACGAGAGCAAGUGCUGAGUGAUGUGUUGCCAGGGAAAUCAACAUGUACCAAUGUUCAACAGACAAAAAACGCAAUAUUGGACACAGUGACAGAUCCGUGUGCAGACACCUCAAAAAACAAGGAGGGUAUCGAUACAUUGCUGGGGAAAAAGAUCACCUCAAAUAUUUUGGCACCCAAAGAAUUCACCUUAACAGAAAAAAGGGCAUGGGAAAAAGAAGUGACCCCUGUGGUUGGUAUCAGUUCAGCCAUUAAAAUUUCAGCCAGAGAAUUCCAGGAACAUGCUUGUUUUUCUUCAGAUAAUUCUGAAAAGGGAUACAACCACGUACAAAAGCGGCAUCCCGCUCCACAAAAGCCAAAAAGUUGCUUUCCGGAAAGUAACUUUCGCGAUGAAAUUGUUGGAAACGCUGAUCCAGAAAUACACAACAUCGGGUCUGUAGAUGAAGAGCAACAAGGCAAAGUACUAGAGGACUUCAAACAGGCCUCUGCUUUUAUAUUAACAAUUGUAUUUCAAGAUGGGUCAACACAGCUCAGUGCCAGCAAGGAUGUAACUUUGCCAGUUAAAGGAAUCAUUCUGAUGAUUAAAAGACAAGGCAAGCUUUCACGUUUUAAUUCAAAUAAUAACGAAAAAUUUGAAAAUGUUGAAGAAGAGAAAUACGUAUACAUGGCUACAGGUGAGAAUCUGUUUUGGAAAAAGGAUGAAGCUCAGCACAAAUUUUACAGGUUUGUAAACCUGUUUUUUAGAAAAUUGCUCCUGUCCAUCUUACAAAGCAGCAAACCUGUGAUUUGUUUUAAUGCCAAAGACUUUCUGCGAACAGUCCUUUGUGAGAGGAAUAUUAGCUGGAAAAGAGUUUUAAAGAGCGUGGUCUUUGAUCCAAGGAUAGCCGCAUGGCUCUUAAACCAAUCAGACUCCAAUCCAUCCUUUGAAGAAUUAGUGAACAAAUAUUGUGGAGAACUGAACCUUAACUCUGCCAGCAAUGCCUCGGGUUCCUCUCACCGCAAAAUUGGCCUCCAAUUAACUGUCUUGUUUGCUCUAAUGAAGAAUAUGCAAUCUAAACUCCAGGAAGAAGGAUUAUGGAGCCUUUUUUGUUCCAUAGAACUGCCACUUAUUUCAAUUCUUGCUGUAAUGGAGAGCCACAGAAUACAAGUCAAUCAAGAUGAGCUAAAGAAAACUUCAGAACUUUUAGGGGCCUAUCUUAAAGAACUUGAGCAAGAAGCACAUCGUGCAGCAGGAGAGAGAUUCCGAUUAACCAGUGCUAAAGAGCUCAGGGAGAUUCUUUUUGAUAAACUUCGCUUGCAUCUACAAUGUAAAGCCAAACUGCGCCACUUCCCAUCAACAGCAGAAAGUGUGUUGCACCAGCUUCAGGAACUGCAUCCACUUCCCAAAAUUAUUUUAGAAUUCAGACAGAUGCAAAAAAUAAAAUCAACGUUUCUGGAUGGACUUUUAUCUUGUAUGACUAAGGGUUUUGUGUCUUCUACCUGGAAUCAAACAGGAACAGUUAGCGGCAGACUGUCAGCAAAGCAUCCUAAUAUCCAGGGUGUGCCAAAGCUCCCGGUUCAGAUUUUAAAACCUCAGUAUAUCCAAGGAAAAGAGAGAGAAAGUAUAACUAUAAACCCGAGGUCCAUGUUUACAUCUGGCACAGGGUGUGCGUUCCUCGCAGCAGAUUUCUCACAAAUAGAACUUCGGAUAAUCGCACACUUUUCAUCCGACCCAGAGCUAUUAAGAUUGUUUCAAGAAAACGACUCUACCGAUGUGUUUACAAAACUUGCUUCCCAGUGGAAAGAUGUAUCGGCUAAGGAUGUAACGCAUUCAGACAGGGAACAAGCUAAACGUGUAGCCUACUCAGUCAUCUAUGGGGCAGGUAAAGAACGCCUUUCUGAAUGCCUGGGUAUCUCACUAGCAGAGGCUAAUGCAUUUAUAGAACGAUUCUUGCAGAAAUACAAAGUGUCAGACUUCAUCCAGAGAGUCAUACAGCACUGCCACAGUAAAGGAUUUGUGACGUCUCUUAUGGGUCGCAAAAGGCAUCUUCCGCAGAUCAAUGCGCACGACUAUGCUUUAAGGGCCCAAGCAGAAAGACAAGCUGUCAAUUUUGUCGUCCAAGGCUCUGCGGCUGAUCUCUGCAAAAUGGCUAUGAUAAAGAUUUCUGCUGCAACGGCAACCUCUCCCUGGUCAACAGCCAGGCUUAUUGCACAGAUCCAUGAUGAAUUGUUGUUUGAAGUAGAGGAGCCACAAAUCCAUGAAUUUGCAGCUCUAGUUAAAGAGAUCAUGGAAUCUUUGCAGCAUGCUGAAGGAGUUGAACUAAAGGUUCCUUUGAAGGUAGUUCUGACUGCGGGAAGAUCGUGGGGAUGCAUGGCGGGAUUACAGGCCCUGGGAGCGGCUGGUCAGCAACCUCAUACUUCUCAGCUCUGUGUAGAUUCUUCCCUCGGCUCGGCCUGAACUCUCAUCAGCACCCAAUACCCCCGCAUGCAAAAGUCUUACAUCAUUCUGUCUGUAGCCCCAGGCAACAGCAAAAGGCACUCAACGGGCUCGUUCCUGUUUAUUGUACUUAUUUUUGCCAU